UGCGCACCAUCAUCAUCAUCAUCACCACCACCACCAGCAGCAGCAGCGGCGGGAGUGAUGAUACUGGUGAAGGGCGAUAAAUCUCUCCCAUCGCGCAGGAUGGUCUUUGCGAGCCGUGAACUCUGCUCUUCACUGUUUCUCUAUGCACAUCGUGCAGCUCCUGUACGGCGCUAUGUUUCCGCGUUCCCAAAGCGCGCUCAUUUCUGCGCUACUGAUCCAUCCCUACACCAAACCGGUUUCACCUGAUUCUCCGCUCUGCUGGCUCGCAUAACGCUGACUGCACUACAAAAGGAAGGCGAGGAACACCUUAUAAGAGCUAGAACGAGCCUUAAUGAAGGAGAAGGAUCUGUGAUCGCACGCGCGCCAGGCUGCGGCUUAUUGUGGUCGCUGGACCUUUUAUUGACGUGUGCCGUCAGGACCAGGGUGGAGUUGGAGGGGUAGGAGUAGGGGUGGGGGUGGUGGAGCAAAUAGCACGGAAAGACUGCGGGGGGAAUGGAGGUGUGCUGCCGGGCGUGCAUGCCCUGUUUAAACCGCUUGUGGAACUGGUUAUGGCCUAACCCGCGUUAUCCGAGCGUCACUCCGGCGGACGAAAUCCCCACGGUGUCGGGGGACCUCCGCGUGCCGCAGCCCAAGAGGCGGCCUGCGCAGCUUUACGCCGCUUUGUACGACUUCGAAGCCCGCAGCGAAGAGGAGCUGUCGGUCAAAGAGGGAGACAAGCUGUCGGUAAUAGAAAAGCGAGGACAGUAUGUUCUGGCCAAAAAACUCACCGGAAGCCUCGAGUCCGGCCUGGUGCCGGCCAACUACGUCGCGAUGCUGCAGGACGAAUUUGCUAAAUACAAAUGGUACUAUGGGAACAUAAACAGACAGAAAGCUGAACAGCUGCUUUUGGCUUCCCAAAAUAAAACAGGCUCUUUCCUGGUUCGAAUCAGUGAAAGUCACAGUGAUGAAUACACCAUCUCAGCCAGGAGUGAAAACAAAGUCUUCCAUUUCCGUAUCCAUCGGUCUUCAGUCGGUGCUUACUAUGUGUCUGAUAAGAUCUCCUUUGCCACUUUGGAUGAGCUUAUCAAAUACUACCAGAACAACCCCAGGAGCCUGGGGUGCCCUCUGGACCAGCCAUGUGUACAACAGAGGGAGCUGUUUGACAUGGAGCCAUGGGAGAGACCGAGAGAAGAGUUUAAGCUGGCCAGAAAACUGGGGGAAGGGCAUUUUGGUGAAGUAUGGGAAGCCCUUUGGACUACUAAGGACCAGAAAGUGGCCAUUAAAAUGUUGAAACAAGAGGACACCAAAAUGGAUGAGUUUGUGAAGGAAGUCCACGCACUGAAAAACCUGCACCACCCAAAGCUCAUUCAGCUGCUAGCACUGUGUACACGUGGAGAACCCGUCUACAUCAUCACUGAACUUAUGGCCAAAGGCAGCCUCAAGUCCUACCUUUCCACCCCAGAGGGACAGGUUUUGAGCUCAGCUCAUCUGAUCUACAUGGCUAGUCAGGUUGCAGAAGGGAUGGCCUACUUGGAGGACCGGCACAUUGUCCACCGAGAUCUGGCUGCCCGAAACAUCUUGGUGGGAAGUGACCUGGAGUGUAAAGUGGCUGAUUUUGGCUUAGCCCGUAUUAUUAAGGACAGUGUGUACACAGCCAGUAGAAACACUAAGAUCCCUGUGCGGUGGACGGCUCCUGAAGCGGCUCUGCACCAGCGCUUCUCUGUUAAAUCUGACGUCUGGUCCUUCGGGGUGCUGCUCUAUGAGAUGAUGUCACGGGGGAAGAUGCCAUAUGAGGGUAAAACAAAUAAGGAAGUCUUGGAGGUACUUGCUUCAGGUUAUAGAUUGCCAUGUCCAAGUCGCUGUCCUCCCAAUAUCUACCGCAUGAUGCUAGACUGCUGGGCAGCUGAAAGCUCCAAACGACCGUCGUUCCAUGCACUUCACAGCCAACUGGACAACAUCUACUCCAGAAUCUACUACAAAACCAUUGAGGUGUAGAACCUGAGUCUGAUGAGGAGCACAAGAAAGCCACAAAAGAGAACAAAUGAGGGGAUGUGCUGAGGGUUUCUUUACUAAUGCUGGUUCAGAUAGCAAAUUGAAGGCCUCUCCAUGCCAAAACUGUAUUUAUGAAUGAUGUUUUAUUAUUAACGUGCAAUAAUGUAAUGGAACAGAAUAGUUAAAAAGGUAGACAGCAGAGGCAUGCUCAGUUGCUGGUCAAUGAUCUGUAUGUGAUAUGCGUUGAAUUUUUGGAUUGUGAUCCCUGACAGUGUUCAGCCUGUGUCAAGCUCCAAUGCUGGCCACACAGAGACUCAAGCUUUAGGAUCAGUAGUAGACUAGCUAAUCAGUUUCCGCUUUCCAGUGAGUGUUUUGUUUACCAAAGGUUCACCUGCCAACUGUGGACUUUCUCCCAGUAAACAAAUAGGUGAGAAGAACUAAGACUGUUACACCUAAUGGAGUAUCUGAGGAGGUUUAUUUCAGACCUGCUCCCAAAAUAAAAAAACAAUUGCUUGCA